UAGACGGAAACAGACCGGUCUUUUGAGCGCAUGCGUGGCUGUAUGAUGCAAAACGUGGUUCAGAACUGAAAUCGAAAAUAACAAAUCAAAGGCGACCUGACCAAAAUUAUUGAGUGGCUCUUAAACAAUAAAAAUAACCAUGGCAGACACAGAAAACAGUCCACCUGCAGAUGAUGUUGACAUGAAGGCUGGUGGUGAUGCAGAAACCAACAACAAAUCACCGAAUGGUGAAGUCAAAGUAGAAGUCAAAGAGGAACCAGAACCUGAACCAGAGGUUUUAGGUCCACCAAAUGGUCUGGAAAAGAAAAUUAUAAAACAGAUGGAGUAUUAUUUUGGAGAUGUGAAUCUACCAAGAGACAGAUAUUUACAAGAACAGAUCAAGUUAGACAAUGAUGGAUGGGUAGCACUUGCAGUUUUCACAAGAUUUAACAGAUUAAAGGUUUUAACAACAAAUCAUAAUAUCAUUGCCAAGGCCAUUAGGAAAGCCUCAUCAGGUCUUAUUAAUAUCAGUAAAGAUGGAGUGUUUGUACGAAGGAACCCAGACAUGGCAGUACCAGAGAAUACAGAGGAAUGGAGAGAUGAUUUCAAUGCAAGGACAGCAUAUGUUAAAGGUUUCCCAUUGAAAGUUAGUUUGGACAAAUUAAUUAUUUUUUUCGACAAGCUUGGCGCUGGAGAUGUAGACACUGUAUUUAUGAGACGAAAUCCAAACAGAGAAUUCAAGGGAUCAGUAUAUGUGACCUUUCACACACGAGACAGUAUGGAUAAAUUUAUGAAUUUAAGAGAAAUUAAAUAUGAAGAUAAAGUGUUAGAGAAGAAAACAAAAAUGGAUUAUUUCAAGGAAAAAGAGGAAGAGAAAAAGAAAAAGAAGUUAGAGCAACUGAGGAAGAAAAAAGAAGAACAAAAGAAGAGAGAAGAAGAAGAAAGACAGCGGGUGAUCGAUGCAAUGACAGUUGGAUCUGUACUUUGUGUAGAGAAUAUUACAGCAAUUGACACAGAAAGGGAGGCAAUCAAAAAUUAUUUCACAGACUUUGCCCCUGUGGCCUGGGUGGACUUUGAUACUGGUGACACAAAGGCAUGCGUCAGGUUUGAAGAAGGAGGAAAAGCUGAGGAAGUUUUAGAGAAAGCAAAGGCAGCUAAUGAAGAUAAAAUUGUCAUUAAUAAUUGUGAAGUGGAAGUUCGAGUUUUAGAAGGUGAAGAAGAAAUAGUCCAUUGGAGAAAAAUUUUACGAGAUCAAGAUGAAAAAAAGAAGAAAAGUAGCAGUAAAAGGAAAAGCCGAGAUCACCGAGGACCAAGGAGUAAAAGAAGUCGAGAUGAUGAUGUUGAUGAUAAUGAUAAGAGUGGAGGAGAUGAUGAUCAUGAUGACGAUGAGGAUGAUGAUGAAUAAAAGACAGAUUUUAAUUAUUGUCAUUGUAAAUUUAUCAUGACCAGCAAAAGAAGAAGACAAAAGACUUCUAUUUUAAUGGACAUGCAGUGUACUCAACAUUCAAAUCUCAUCUUUUAAUCAUGCAGUACAUUAUUGUUGAUGUUGUAUGUUAUUUUUUAAUCGAUGACAUAAAUUACCAUGGAAACCAUUAUUUACUGUAGGAACCACAAUUGAAAAGACAUAUGUUGUUACCACGGUGAUCAUGCAUAGUAACCAAAUACAAAUGAAUUUUUUAUGAAAAUUUUGUAAUGUUGGAAGUGUAUUCCAUAUUUCAUGAUAUUCAUUAGAAUGGAUCCAUUCCGUCAGUUUUUUUAACAUUUAUGAGUAAACGAGUAGUGUAAGUUGCAAUCAUCGUGAUCAUGUGGAAGGAGGUAGUUUAUUACACAAGGUAGUAUUGUAUUCAUUUUGACUGAGAGCAUGAUAUAUUCAUGUCUCCCUCACAUGAUUCACUCACAAAUUGCUAUGGUAAUAAAGUGCCAGCUGGGAAUUUUUUUUUUUUUCAAUAAAUAAUUGCUGAAUUUUUCAAAAUUUCAUCUUUGUUGUUGCAAAAUUCAGUGUUAUUCAAUUGAAAUGAACAUAACAGAAACUGAACCAUAAACAUCUUUUUAAUUGUAAACUUGUUUUAUUGUGAAUGAAUUAUUUUUAUGUAUUUCUUAGCUUUGAAUACUGGCGAUAAAAGUUUUCUAUUAGAAAAAUUAUGUGGACUUGUUAAGGGAUACAUAAUGUGGUUUUUAUCUCGUUUAACUGUUAGGCAUACACAUAGUAAAUAUGAGAUGUAACUUUUUAGUCUGUUUUAUAUGUCAGAGUGAAACAGAUCACAGAGAUGAUCUUGGACAUUCUUACAUACCAUCUUGUAAAUAUAAAAUCAUUCUCAAGUCAUA